UUGCAGUCGAUUCAGAGCAUCUAGAGAGAGAGAGAGAGAGAUGGGGAAGAACGAGAAGACGGGGCUGGGAAGGGCUCUGGUAAAGCAGCACAACCAGAUGAUCCAGCAGUCCAAGGAAAAGGGCGGUUUCUACAGAAAUCAGAACAAGCAGGUUCUCGAAUCCUACACCGAAAUCAGCGACAUCGACGCUAUCAUCGAGAAAUCCGACGCCGACGCCGACUUCGAUGCCGAUGCCGUCGCCGACCGACUCCUUUCCUUCAACUUCCCGACGCCUAGUGUUCCCAUCUCUUUGGAUGCACGUUCUAGCACCAGCGAAAUGACUCCCGAGGAAAGGAGGCAAAAACAAAAGAUAGAGGAGGCAUUACAUGCUAGUAGUCUUCAAAUUCCGCGUAGGCCACCAUGGAAUGCUGCAAUGUCCAUGGAAGAGCUUGAUGCAAAUGAAAGACGGUCGUUCUUGACGUGGCGUCGAAACCUCGCAAGAUUAGAGGAGAAUGAUAUCCUAGUUCUUACUCCGUUUGAGAAGAAUCUGGACAUUUGGAGACAGCUUUGGCGCGUGGUGGAGCGGAGUGACUUGCUUGUGAUGGUUGUUGACGCACGGAACCCUCUCUUUUAUCGUUGCCCUGAUCUUGAGGUUUAUGCACAAGAGAUCGAUGAGCACAAAAGAACUAUGCUUCUCAUCAACAAGGCAGAUCUUUUACCCUUUUCUGUAAGGGAGAAAUGGGCAGAGUAUUUUCGUCUCCAUCAAAUUCUCUUUGUGUUUUGGUCAGCUAAGGCUGCGACUGCAGCUUUAGAAGGGAAAAAGUUGAAGAACAGCCUGCAGGACUCAGAUGAUCCUGAUACAAAACUAUACGGAAGGGAUGAGCUUUUGGCCCGUUUACAGUCCGAGGCAGAACAGAUAGCCAAGAUCAGGAGGCAAUCGGGUUCAAGCAGCGUGGGCCAAACCAAUGUUAAUUCCCCCAGGGGAAGUGUUUCUGAACGUUCAGCUUCAAAUAAUGUGAUCGUGGGAUUUGUGGGGUAUCCUAAUGUUGGCAAAAGCUCAACCAUUAAUGCCUUGGUCGGCCAGAAACGCACAGGUGUUACAUCUACACCAGGGAAGACCAAGCAUUUCCAAACAUUGAUCAUAUCUGAUGAGCUGACCCUUUGCGACUGUCCUGGAUUAGUAUUUCCAUCAUUUACAAGUUCUAGGUAUGAGAUGAUUGCUUCAGGGGUACUGCCAAUUGAUCGGAUGACUGAGCAUCGCGAGGCUGUGCAAGUUGUAGCCAACCGAGUCCCUCGACAUGUUAUCGAAGAUGUUUACAAAAUUAAGCUACCAAAACCCAAACCUUAUGAGCCACAGUCUCGGCCACCUCUGGCAAUAGAGCUUUUGAGAACCUAUUGUGCCUCUCGUGGGUAUGUUGCCUCAAGUGGUUUGCCGGACGAAACAAGAGCUGCUCGCCAAAUUUUGAAGGAUUAUAUCGACGGUAAACUUCCACAUUAUCAGAUGCCCCCGGGAAUGCUCGACAGUGAAGAUACAGUGGUGAAUAGCUCGGUUGAUACGCAUGAGUCAGAUUCAUCCGAUGUUGAAAAUGCUCCGGCCGACGAAGACAAAAACCCGUCCAAUAUCGAGCAUGUGCUGGAUGAUCUCAAUUCGUUUGAUAUGGCUCACGGGCUUGCUUCCAAGAAAGCCACUGUUCAGAAGCCUACGCCUUCUCAUAAACAACACAAGAAGCCUCAAAGGAAAAAGGAUCGGUCAUGGAGGGUUGGAAAUGACGGGGGUGAUGGAAUGCCGGUUUUCAGAGUUUGACGCCUGUGAAUACAGUUUCUGAUUGAAUAAUAUUUUCCUUAAAUCAACUGGGAAGCAGUACUUGUCUGCUUGUUAUUUUCCGAUCCAAGGUGAUCGUCAAAGUUCAUUCUCUGCGACACCAACACGAUCUCCAAUAUCAAUGGAGGUUGAGGAGGAGGAAAAAUAAACUAUAUUUUCAGUGUUCAUCGGUUUGACGAUGGUUUGCUCAUUGUAUAUUUAUUAUUUUGCAAAAGGAUAGUUUCAUAGAAUCAAAAGUAAUCAACCACAAUUUUGAUUUUACACUAUUUUAUUAAAAACUAUUUGUGGUUACUGGCA